AUGGCAUUGUUUUCAUGUGGGCUAUUGGGAACUCUCCUCCUCCUUUCUUCCUUCCACUCCCUCGCAUUCUCAGUGCCAUCUAGACGUCUCCUAGCCACUUCUAGCACUGUAAUCCGGCAAUACCUGGCGCCGCACAACGCCGUGAGGUCGAAGCUCGGCCUCCCGCCCCUCCAGUGGAGCGAGGCCCUCGCGAGCUACGCCUCCUGGUGGGCCCACCAGCGGCGAGGAGACUGCGCCCUCAUCCACUCGAGCAGCGACUAUGGCGAGAACCUCUUCUGGGGAGGCGGCCAUGCGUGGAGGCCGCGGGAUGCCGUCGCCGCGUGGGCUGCCGAGGGACCCUACUACGACUACGGCACCAACACAUGUGCGCCGAACCGAGAUUGCACGCAUUACACGCAAGUGGUGUGGAGGCAGAGUCUCCGAAUUGGGUGUGCUAGAGUCAUUUGCGUGAACGGGGACACGUUCAUAACUUGUAACUACGAUCCUCAUGGUAAUGUGAUCGGCCAAAGGCCAUACUGAAAAUAAA